CUGCGGCGGCGGCGGCGCCCCUCGCGCGAGCGCGUAAAGCUGCGGCGGCGGCAGCUUGGGGGCCGCCGCUGCCCCUGCUGCCAUGAGUUGUGCGGAGGUGAUGUAUCACCCCCAGCCGUAUGGAGCGCCCCAGUAUCUGCCCAACCCUGUGGCAGCUGCGACCUGCCCCACAGCCUACUACCAUCCGGUGCCCCAACCUGGCCAGCAGAAGAAGUUAGCGGUAUACAGCAAGAUGCAGGACUCUCUGGAAGUCACCCUUCCCAGCAAACAAGAGGAGGAGGAGGAGGAGGAGGAGGAGGAGGAGGAGGAGAAAGACCAGCCUGCCGAGAUGGAGUACCUUAACUCUCGCUGUGUCCUUUUCACUUAUUUCCAGGGAGACAUUGGGUCAGUAGUGGAUGAACACUUCUCAAGAGCUUUGGGCCAAGCCAGCACCCUCCAUCCAGAAUCUGCCAUUUCAAAAAGCAAGCUGGGGCUAACCCCCCUAUGGCGAGACAGCUCAGCUCUCUCAAGCCAGCGGAGUAGUUUCCCAACUUCGUUUUGGACCAGCUCUUACCAGCCCCCACCUGCACCCUGUCUGGGGGGAGUGCAUCCUGACUUCCAGGUCACUGUGCCCCCUGGCACCUUUACUGCAGCAGACCCCAGCCCCUGGCCAGGACACAGCCUGCACCAGACUAGCCCAGCCCCUCACCCUCCUGUGUCCGAGUCCUGGCACUACCCUUUGGCAUCUCAGGUGAGCCCAUCCUACAGCCAUAUGCAUGAUGCAUACAUGCGGCAUCACCACCCCCACGCCCACAUGCACCACCGCCACCACCACCACCACCACCACCACCACCACCCUUCUGCUGGCUCCACCCUGGACCCGCCAUAUGGGCCUCUGUUAAUGCCAUCAGUGCGCGCAGCCAGAAUUCCUGCUCCCCAGUGUGACAUCACAAAGACAGAUCCGACUACAGUCACUACUGCUACCUCAGCGUGGGCCGGGGCCUUCCAUGGGACAGUCGACAUCGUGCCAAGUGUGGGGUUUGAUACAGGUCUACAACAUCAAGACAAGAGCAAAGAAUCGCCGUGGUACUGAAACACACAGUAUUAGCAAGUCAGUUUGCUGCAUGAAUCCAAGGGCCACUGGGAAAAGAUGCUGCCGGGAUUUGCCAUUCUGCAAUGGGACAAAAUAGACAUGGAAGGAGAAGAGGAAGUGUUAGCCAGUUGACUUUUGUUUUGAGCCUUUUCUUGAGAAAGCAGAGUGCGUCCUAGAAAUUGAAGAAAAGCAGUUUUGUGUUUGUUUUUUUCCCCCUCAUCUGAGCCUUUACCAACUGUGUAACUCUCUGUUUGUUUUUUUUAACUACAUGGUUUAAUUUUUUGUUUCAUUUUGAUUUUGUUUUUCUUUUGGAACCAACCACCUUGUCAGGAAAAAAAAAAAAUUAACCACAAAUGAAAAUGCUAAUUCUUUCAGGAAUAAAUUUCAUAGUUUUGUGUGCAUCUAUUUUUGUAGAAAUACAGAAAGUUUGAUUUAGCAUUGAUAGGUUACUUUCAAGGGAUUUUUUUUUUUAAUAUUGUAAAAAUUGUUAAGUUCUGUUUAAAGAACUUGCUUUUUCAGAGAAGCACUGGCAAAAUGUUUAAAAUACUGAUUGUCAAGAUGUCUGUGAUAUGCUCUGUCCAUGCUUUCUAGGUUACCUCAAGUGUUUGAUAUUUUCUCCUUUUUACAAAGUAGCACCAUUGCCAAGCCAAUGCAGUAUUGUUUUUACAUUAAAUCUCAGUGAAUGUUUAAUUCCAUGCCAGCUCACUUAACUUUGAGUUGUAUGUAUAGCUUUAAAAGGAAGUUUUUUAAUGACUGCACUAAAGUAAGGAAAUUUUAUUACUUUAAUUUCUCCCAAAGAGUACUUGGAAGUUGACUAAGAAGAAAGUUUGCAUAAACUUUCAGUCAGAAGGAGAGUUUGCCUAGAAUAAAAUUCUUUCUAGUCCAUCCAACUUUGAUAAAUAGAACCAGAAUUUAUAAGUAACUACUGGAAGAAAUUUAUUUAACCUUGCUACCUGUGAGUGCCAGUGACUUAUUUUUCUUGUUUCUAAUUAGUUAUUCAUGACAGUUUUAGAAGUCAUUAUUUUAAGUGGAUUUUUUUUUUUCCUUGGAGAGAGAAUUUGAAGGGAUAAUAUCUGGCAAGGUACUCAACAUGUCACAAAGCCUUUAUCAAUGGCUGUUUCUGGUAAUAUCACCCAGCAUUAUAAACUGAAAAAAGUGAUAUAUCUUAUAUGUAAUAUUUUAAACAUAGGGUUUUACAAUUAUUUACUUUUGGGUUUAUAUCUGGUUUGGGAUUUAUAUCUGGAUUUAGUUCUAUUUAAGAAAAAAAAUUAACGCAAAAUGAGGUUUAAAUUGGGAUUAAUGCCACCAUUAUUGGAAAUAGUUAAAACAUGGAAAAUUUGAAGAUUCCACUUGACAUAGCCAUGAGGAUCUCGAUAAGGUGACAUCUGAAUUUUGAUUAAGAUUCUUAGAAAUAGAUAAAAAUGAUGCAAGUAGCAGUUACUGAUACUUUAAGAAAUUUAAUACGAAGCCAUUUCUUCUUUCAACUGCUCCUAGAGAUGGGCCAUGAUAAAAAGUUAGUGUUAUAUAGAAAUACUACUUUGAUAAAGAAGUUUCUCAAAUUUCCCCCAACCUCCCUCCCCAGCCACGUGAAAUACCACGUUCAGUGAAAUGCCACUUUCCAUCUUGAAUUGCAUAUGUUAUGUGUAUGAAAAUUUUAAACAUAUUAAACAGCACUAGAUACUUAGCUAGACAGAGUUUUCACAGGUCAUUUACAGACAUUCCCCUGGCUAUAUUUUAUUCAUUAUUUUUCUUUUCUGGUGCAUCCUGUGAGUGAUAAAUCUAUACACUCCCUUGUACCCUCAUCACUCCAUACACUACUUCUUCUUAACCAGACUCUCCUAACACAAAAACACAUUUUUAUCUAACGUGGGGUUGAAACUUAAGGUAUCUCCACUUACUAAUGAUGUGAAUUUAAAUUCUUAGGCGUCAGUUUGGUUAAAUUAUCUACAUUUUGAUUCAUUCGAAUAUUUACCAUACAUAAUUUUGUCCAUAGCUAUGGAACAAAGAGCUGAAUAAAUCUAUAAAAUUCAUUUUCUCCUGGGUCCUCCUAAGUUCCCAAAGACCAUUAUUCAGAAGUUUCUAUGGGAUGACUGACCUGGGAUUAUUUAUUUGCCUUCUCUUCCCUUGGAACCUGUUACCUUUUCAUUUUCCCCUUAAAUCGAUGUUUUACUGGAACUUGUUCAAAUUAUUCAACUGACUUUCCGCAAUUAAGAAGAGAAAGUGUUAAUUAACUCCUUGCCCUUUUCCUUAUUCUUCACUGAAGUGAAUUAAAGUGGAGAGACCAUACAGAGGGCUUCACCCUGAAUUUAGAAUCUGCCGUAUGACACUUCUCGUUACUGCCAGACAAAGCUUUGGCUCUAUGGGCCAAGAUAAGUUAGAGACCUGAGUUUUGAUGUGCACAGGGAGCUCUCCCCUGGAAGACAAGCCCAGCUAUUGUUGGCAUGCUACCAUCCAAGUAGUAGGUCAAAAUCUUAAGUAGAAAGAGGAUGAGGGCAUUUCUCAAUAAUUUUAUGGCAUCCCUUGCUAUGACCGUAUUACUACCAGAAGUAAGAGGAUGAGUUGUAAUUUAACAUACUAUUCUGACUUCAUUUACGUUCAAAUUUUAUCACUUUGGGGAAUUAGUUUUCUCAGAUCAAAAUGAUGCUGUUGAACUUAAAGGCUUUCAAGCUGCCAUUUUGAGAGCUACCACCUCCCUCCGUGAUUUCAGUUAGAAUCCUUCCACCGUUGACUAUCUUGCAAAUUAGACUUUAUUCAAGCUUUCUUAAAAACUUGUGAACUAGACACUAGAAAAUCGUCUCUUUUAUUCUCAAUGUAAUGUAUUCUUCCAACAUUAAACCAUCACUAGUAAAGAAACAACAUUAGGUUGGCAGGUUAAGAUCCUAACAGAUUGUUUGGCCCUCAUUGUUUAUUAGUAAAGAGCCUCAAAGAAUAAAAAAAGAAAACAACAAACCCAUAACCACCUCCUCCUACCUUCUCUUUUCCUUUUCUCCUUUCUCCUUCUUGUUAAAAUGAUUUUCUUUAUUAUUUUAAGCACACAUGGCAAGGAUUACUCUAAAAUUUACAAAUUGAGAACUAGUAGAUUGUAAAUAGUUGAGGAAUUCAUUUUUUUAUAACAAACUUUUUAUUAAAAACACCAGUUAUACUCACAGGCACAAAAUAAGUUCUUGAGGAACUGGUUAUUAUACAGAUCGUAUGUACCCAUUCCUGUUCUAAGAUCUGCAGACUUAUGACAAUCUAGCUUCUGGGUUUGCGAUCUGGUUUAACGUGAGAUGUGUAAUUUAAAGUGGCAAUUAGAAACUAUUUCAAGAAACUGCACAUCCCUUUGUUAUUUGAUAAUUCAGACAAUGGAGCAAUGGCAUUAAGUGGUGAGAAAGGAAAGUAUGUUAGAGCCCUGUCUGGGGGAUGACUAGAGAAGCAGAAUAGAUUGAUGGAAAAGGGCAUUAGCCUGGACAUGAGGCCAUUCUCUGAAUUCUGGCUUAGCUACGGUUAGACAUAUGUUUUCGGGUUUCAUUUUUCUCAUCAGUAAAAUGGGAUAAUACUAUCUCAUUGACAGACUGUGUGUGUGUGUAUCUCGCUCAUAGUAGGUACUCAGUAAAUGACAGCUACCACAAAUGUCUAUCCAUUGAGUGAGUAGAUCAUAAAAUUGAGUUCCCAAAUGUUCCUUCUUUUCCUUCUCCAUACCCAUUUCUGUAACAAUCAAAUAUAUAUAUAUAUAAAACUUUGUACUUCUCCAGAAGAAAUGUUGAAAGAAAAUCUUUGUCUCCUGCUAGGUGUGGGUGAUAAAAUAUCAAUUUCUUAAUUAACUCUGAUUUGUUUAGUGUGUCAUUUAUGAAGUAAAAUAAAUUUACUACUUUGUGGUAUAUAAGUCCAACUCUGAGUUUUCUUACAUAUCCCAAAACUUUACUCAUCUAGGACCUUAUGAAUUGUUUUCUUCAAAAUUAAGGCAAGAGUUUUGUUCAAUCUCCAACAUUCAUAUUUUUCAGUUAUAUUUUGGGCUUCUUUGGCCCCUGAAAUGAACACAUUCCCUUUGAAGUUAUCAAACUUUUUUAGUUGCCUGGAAGGAAUAGUUGCAAAAUAUGGAUGGAAAAAAAUCCUCCACAUGAAAAGGGGGGAAAAAUACCCAACCCUUUACAAUCUCAGUCAGCAGAUUUAACUCCAUUUCAGAAAAAAAGAAACAAUUUUAUUGGAAGCAGAUGUUGACACCAUGUCAGUUAUUGAAGGUGGAAAGAGUUCACGCAAACCAGGGCAGAUACAAAGGGGUAUUGAUGGCAGUGAGAAAUCCUGUGAUCGAUCACCUUCACAGCCAACAGAAACACAGCAGAGACGAGUCCACUGAAAUGUUGUACAGGACCCUAAAAACGUAAGAUUCUUUUCCUCCCUCCAGGGUCAAUGACACAGCUUUCACAAAUAUAAGGGCUGGCUUGAGAGUGAAAUCAGAAAUUUAUUUUCUAAAAAUAUGGCUCAAGAACUUUUUAAAACUAUCAUUAAAGCAUCAGAACUAUUAUUAAGGUGUUUUUUGAAAACUUAAGCUGAAGUUUUAGGCAAAUAAACCUGUGGAAGACGAAUCUAUAAACCAUACAAAAGAGGGUUAGUUUGGGUUGAGUGGGGCAUGGGUGGAGCUUUUAAGGAAAUAUCCAUUUUGAUAGCUUCAAAAUGCCAGUUACCUUGGUAACUUGGUCAUGGAGAUUGGCCACAGAGCUGACUUUUAGAAUUUUUCAGUAGCUUUUUUCAUUUUAGUGCUCUCUGGAAAUUUUACCCUAUACACUUUUUUACCCUAUAGAAAUAAUCUUUAUUGUUAAAAUAUCUUGAUUUUAAAAUGGCUCUUAUUGUCUGUUGUGCCUUUUUGCUUGUUUCAAAAUGUUUCUGUUGUUUUAAAUAAUUGAUGAAACAAGAGUUUUCUUGAAAUUGUACUCAAAUUAACUUGAUCCAGUAAAUUUACCUGAAUCUCCUUUAUAAGUUCCAAGAAACGUUAAUAGAUUUCAGCGUAACUUACAAAUUCCAUUGUGUGAGUAAUUAAUGAAUCCUUCUAGAAAAGAGCAAAAGAAAAAACAAAUUUUUUUUUUUUUCCUAGAAAAGAGCAGGUCACCCUCAAUUAGUUUCCUUUUUAACAAUGUCUCAUUACUUAAUUUCAACCUAAGAAUAACUCUUUUAGGAUACAGGAUUCUUUAAUUAAUAUUUUUGGUGUAUGCAUAUGAUGUGAACUUUUAUAAUUUCUCUUUAUACUAAUAGAGAUGUACAUUUUUUCUAUGCUGUGGUUAGGACAAAAGUUAAUGAUUAUUUACACAUUCAAUUUAAUUUCUUAGGCUAUUUACAAUCUUGAAUAUUAUAUCUGAUUUAAAAAUACUAUUCCAUACAUUUUUCAGGAUAUACAAUAUAGGGAAGUAUUUUCAUUUCAUUUAUUUGUAUAAUUUUUAAGUGCGUAUAUUGCAAGGGAAGAUAUGCAUUAGAUUUGUUUUCAUCAUGUAAAUCUAGGUAAAGUGAAAUACUUUUAUGAAAAAGGAAUUACACAGUAUGGUGAACUCUAUAUUUUUCACUUGAUUAAGCAAACUUAAAAGUAAUAAUAGGAAUAUCUUGCAUCAUUCAUUGAAAUGCAAUGAAAUUCAAGAUUUUUCAGUUUUGUAAACAAUUUUAUGCUAGCUUAAUUUUACCUGCCUAGAAAAAGAAAUUUUAACUAUGAGGUCAUUUCUGAAUUGACAAAAAUAUAUAAUUCACAAAACUUCUGGUUUUAUAAAAUCAUAUCCUUUUCUGUUAUUUUGUUGGAUGGUGGUGGGGAGACAUUUUCUCAUUUCUAUUCACUCUUCCAAUCUGGGUCCCAUAACUCUGUGUUGAUGAUAUAAGGUGAUAGAAGACGUUGUAGUAAAAACAGAUGUCAUUGUCUUCAAUCUGUUCAAUAAAUAAUUUAAUGUGAA